AGUACUUUUAUUUUAUAAAGUUAUCAUAGAAGUUUUAAAGAAGUUUAGAAAAUCUAAACUUCACAAUGUUUUACGUGUUUUAGGUAAAAUUUAACUGAACAACUUGGCAACCCUAGCAUAUGUUUUUAUCAGAUUAAACUGAGUUCACAUUAGUAGAUACAUAACUAUUGUGUUAUUUUUCGUCGUUUAGUUAUAGUACCGGCUUGCAUUUACUGUAAAUUUGAAACUUGUAUGAUAAUGGCGCAGGCUCUAAAGAAAUUAACAGCGCAGGCUUUGAAAAACAACUAUGCGGAGGCAGUAACCACGGGCAUCGUUUCCAGAGCGAGUAGCACUUGGUGGAGUAAUGUGCCUAUGGGACCACCAGAUGUCAUUCUUGGUAUAACAGAGGCAUUUAAAAGAGACACAGAUCCUAAAAAAGUCAACCUUGGUGUUGGAGCAUACAGAGAUGACCAAGGCAAACCCUUCAUUUUGCCUUCAGUUGUAAAGGCAGAAGAAAUCAUUUCUAAAAAAGGAUUGAAUCACGAAUAUGCUCCAAUUGGUGGUGAAUCAGCAUACACAGAUGCAGUUGCCAAAUUAGCGUUCGGAGAGGACAGCCCAAUUCUGAAAAGCAAAUCCAAUUGUACUGUGCAGACAUUGUCCGGUACUGGUGCAUUGCGGCUCGGACUGGAGUUCGUAUCGAAACACUACGCCAAGAACAAGGAGAUCUGGUUAUCAACACCCACAUGGGGCAACCACCCCCAGAUCUGCAACACCCUUAAUUUACCACACAAAAAGUACCGCUACUUCGACGCCAAGACCAACGGCUUCGAUCUGAAAGGAGCUCUUGAGGAUAUCAGUAAAAUUCCAGAAGGUUCGAUCAUUUUGCUGCAUGCGUGCGCCCAUAACCCCACUGGUGUAGACCCUAGGCCCGAAGAAUGGAAACAGCUCUCCGAGGUAAUCAAACAAAGGAAACUGCUGCCGUUCAUCGACAUGGCGUACCAGGGCUUCGCGACGGGCAGCGUGGACAACGACGCCUUCGCCGUCCGCCAGUUCGCCGACGACGGCCACCAGUUUAUUCUCGCGCAGAGCUUCGCCAAGAACAUGGGUCUGUAUGGAGAGCGUGCGGGCGCGCUGACGUUGUUGUGCGGCGACGCGGAAUCAGCUGCGAAGAUCAUGUCGCAAAUGAAGAUUAUGAUCCGCACCAUGUACUCCAACCCGCCGCUUUACGGCGCCAGGCUUGUAACAGAGAUCCUCACCAACCCGCAGCUCAAACAGCAGUGGUUGUCCGAUGUGAAGCUGAUGGCAGACCGUAUCAUCACCAUGCGACAGAGGCUGCGAGCCGGUAUCGAGGGUGCGGGCAACAAGCUGCCUUGGCAGCAUGUCACCGACCAGAUCGGCAUGUUCUGCUUCACCGGCCUCAAGCCCGACCAGGUUGAACGGCUCACCAAAGAGUUCCACAUUUACCUGACGAAGGACGGCCGAAUUUCCGUGGCGGGAAUAUCUUCUAACAACGUCGAUUACGUCGCUGAAGCCAUGCACAAAGUCACAUCUUAAACGACAUAUCAAAUGUAUAUAAUUAUACGCCUAAAGAGUGAAAUAAUAUACAAUAAUUGUUUAAGAAUAUAGUAAAUAACCGUAGAUACAAUUUUAUACAAAGGUCCAAAAAUUUAAAACGCAUUGGCUAUUACUAAGUACCAUGUAUAAAAAAAAGUAUAUUAUUAUUUAUUCAAUAUAUCUCCGUAUAUAACUUUGAUUUAAGGGUAAUUUGGUUUUUCUAAAUAGCAACACCAAGUGCAUUUAUGAUGUCAAGUUUGACGUUUACUGCCAAAUGUUAAAUAUGGAAGGAGAGCUAUUGAAAUAUUGUUUCAAAUAUUUUUCUAACCGUCUAAAACCGUUAAAUUCUUCAAUCGAAAUACUUCAUAUAUUGGCGCCCAUCAUUACUCAGUGCAAUUAAAUGUGUUACGUUUUAAUUCACGCUACACGAACCAUAGCUAGAUACAAAUAAAAAAUGUUGUUUAGUUAUCCAUGUGCGUUAAUUUUAAACGUAUGAAUUAGUUUAAGAAUAACGAAUUUCUUAUUGGCUGCUGUUUUUUUAUUGCUUUUAUAUUACGAAAUUCAAGUCGUUACGGUCGACCGAAAAAAACCGUUUUAUAAAUGCUUACUCUUAAAACAUUAUCUAGCUGUUUUAAAUUAACGAUUAUUUAUUUGCCAUUUGAUAUUGUAUAAUGUAUUUGAAUAUAAAUAUAAUGCUGUUCA